GGCCCUUGGUCAGAUACUGAGGCAAAGACUACACGCGUUUCCCUAAAGCCUCAGUCUAAGAAGCAUCAACACAGGAUGAGCCUCGUGACGCUGGCGUUGGUGUGCGUGGCAGUGGCUGCGUUGUGGGCGUAUUCAAAAUGGCGCCACAGCUACUGGGCAUCGCGGGGUGUGCAAACGCCGCCCUACGUACCCAUUUUUGGUCACAUACAUCACGCGCUCUCAAAGAAAGGGAAAUGGGAGUAUGAUACAGUGGCUUAUCACAAAUAUGGCGGAUCGAAGUUUUGUGGACUGUAUGAAUUCUUUAAUCCAGUCCUGUUGGUGGGUGAUCCCGACCUCAUCAAACAUAUCUUCGUGAAGGACUUUGACCACUUCGUCGACAGAAUGAAUUUAGCUUUAUCACACGACAAAGACAAGAUAACAGCACAAAUGUUGUCACUAAAGAAAGGCGAUGAAUGGAAACAGCUGAGGGCCAUCAUGAGCCCGACCUUUUCCUCAGGCAAAAUGAAGGGAAUGUUUCCUCUUGUGUGUGACAAGGCCGAUGCCCUCGUUGCUUUCUCUCUCAGUGAAUCGCGAAGGAAACCUUAUGUUGAUAUGAAAUACAAUUUUGGUCGCUUUACCAUAGACACGAUUGCCUCUUGUGCUUUUGGCAUCGAGUGUAAUUCACUCGUGGAUGAACAUGCCGAGUUCCCCAACAGAGCUGCAAAAUUUUUCGAAACAACUAAUGUCAAUAUAAUAAAAUUCAUAAUGAUGACUACGUUUCCUACACUUGCAAAGUUGCUCAACAUCCGGUUCACUAAUCCUGAAGCUUAUUUCCUGGAGGAAGUUGUAACACAUACAAUAAAAGAAAGAGUGAAAGGGGAAAGACGUGGGGAUUUCCUUGACUUACUCUUGGAAGUUCGCAGUCCUGACGGCAAAGUAAAGGGGAUUGAUAGUACUACCAAGUCAAAACAUCUGCUGGAUGACAUUACCAUCGCCUCUCAGUGCUUGUUGUUCCUCGUUGCUGGCUAUGAAACAACAGCUACUACCCUGGGCUUUGCUGCCUUCCUGUUGGCUAAGAAUCCAAGUGCACAAGAACAACUCCGUAAAGAGAUCCAAGAUUUGGUUCAUGAAGAAGGUGAUAUUACUUACCAAGGGGUCAUGGAAGCUAAAUAUCUCGAUGCAUGCUUGAUGGAAACACUACGCCUGUUUCCUCCAGCACCAUUUAUAGAACGACUGUGCACACGUGACUAUCGGCUUCCUGACACUGACCUGACGAUCAAGGCUGGGGAUAGAAUACAGGUCCCUGUCUGGAGUAUCCACCACGACCCGAAGUACUGGCCCGAGCCUAAUGACUUCCGUCCGGAGCGUUUUAUGCCCGAGAACAAGACGAGCAUGAAGAACUUCGCCCACAUGCCUUUUGGAAUAGGUCCCAGGAACUGCCUUGCCACGAGGUUUGCCUUAAUGGAAGCAAAGAUUGUCUUGUCGAAACUGCUGCUUGUGGCAGAGCUGCGCAAUGCACCAGGACACGAAGAAAUGGUGUUGGAGCCAGGAUUGGGUCUCAUUAAGGCCAAGGAUGGAGUCAAGAUUAUCCUGAAUCCACUCUAGAAUUAAAGAAAUGGACGUUGGACCCUCAGAGCUGUGUGAAAAGAAACUACUCCCACUUUCACCACACUAAUAAGCUUGUCAUUCAUUACAACUCUUACCUACAUAGGUACUUUUCCCUGUCUUUCGCUUGGUUGAGUGUUAUGUCAACUCACAAUGGAAGAGUUUUUCUAUAAAAAGAGAGAGAAAAUUGAUUCAGUAUAUAAUGGAAACUUCAUAAAGUAAUACCAUGCUAUUAAUAAUAGAAUAAAAUAAAUGCAUUAUAUAUAACCUUCUUUACCAAAUCCCCAACUAUACAAUGUAAGUGUAAAAUUUUCAAUUGAAUAUAGACAUAAGAAGGACAUAUGCUCAAUCUGUGCUACCAUGGACAAUGUCAGGUCUGAAUGAGCAACCCAAAGACACUGUAAAUUAAUUAAUUUACAUUAUUGUUUUUUGUAGUUGUGAGCAACGUUGGUUGUGGAUAUUUUUUCUAUGAGCAAAAAAAUUGUUUCUUUAUUGAAUAUACGACCAAAAAUACAAUCUGACGCCAGGAUUAUAAUCAACAAGUUUGGGACAGUCUGCUACUUUAUUUCAAAUCUAUCCCUCUUCCAUAGCUAAUAACUGACUGGUUGAUAAACUAUACACGUUUUAUCAUCCACGCAUUCACUUUUUACAAUUAGAUUUGUUCUUCCGCGUGAUGCUGUUAAACACUGGGAACGUAAGAAGUUAAAUCAUUUCAAAGCAUUUCAGAAAGAAGGUUAAAACAUGUUGGAAUGCAAAUUUAAAUCAAGGAUAAUAUGAUGUUCAAAUGCAUCUCUUUAUUAUAUUUGUAAUUAUUUUCUUUUCCGGUACACUGUCAAAUUUUUGUACGUUUUCCUACAAUAAUAUAGUUUCUAAUUAUAGUGGAAUGGAGGUAAUAAUUCAAACCUUUGUCAUGACCCGAAACAUCAUUACAAGUAUAAUUUGUAGUAUUGCUAAUUAAUAAAGUUUUGUAAAAACAAG